GAGACCAGGAUUCUCUAGCCUACGAAUUAAGAUGACCUGCCCCCCGCAACUGGAGCGGUGUGGUGCGGGGCCCACAGCGCAGUUCCUUUAUUAUCGUUGUGGCGCGCGGCUUGCUUCCACACUCCUGCCGCUGCAGCUGGACUCGUCUCCGAUCCUCCACCACCAACUUCCAUUUUCCCCAACCCUCCACGCCCUUCUCCAAGAAACAGAGCGACGAUAGCCGUGUCGACGAGAUCGACCCAGCAGCAGGAUCGAUCGGUCAGAGACGAUGAUGAUGGAUUCCGCGGAGCAUCAGAAGGUGAUGGGGAUCGCGCCGGCGGCGGCGCCCGCAGCGGAGGCGGGGAGACCGUGCUGCGUCGAGUGCCGCACCACCGCGACGCCCAUGUGGCGCGGCGGGCCGACAGGGCCCAGGUCGCUCUGCAACGCGUGUGGGAUCCGGUACAGGAAGAAGCGGAGGCAAGAGCUAGGUCUCGAUAGCGCCAAGAAACCACAACAAAACCAGCGGCCGCCGCCGCCACAGCAGCAGCAGCAGCAAGAGGAUCACUGUCCGGCAACAAGUGCAGUCGCUGUCAGAGACAACACCAAAAGCAGCAGGCUCCAAGUGGUGAAGAAACGGAGGGUCCUGAUGGGAGUGGAGGAGGCCGCAGUCCUGCUCAUGGCCUUGUCCUCCUCAUCCAGAUCCACGCUGCUACAUGGCUAGGAACUCGGCACAUCACCCAAAAAAGGGCUGCUCGUUGUGUACAUACAUAUACAGGACGCACAAACACAAACAGGCCACCCAGGGGUUCCAAGCCAGCGAUGUAUCUGUUGGGUCUAUGCUUCGUCGCCGAAGGUCUUCAAGGGAGAAGCGGCUUAAAAUGUGUGAGCAGGUAUCUUCGGACUCGUAUCAGAAAGGGAAAAGCUACAAAGGUUGACACAGCGCCGAAGCUGUGAAGCAGGAAAGCUUCGACAUGUUCGCAGAAAAGGGAACCGACUUAAAGAUGAAAAGGCCAUUUAGACCUCGAUAGAGUGCUAUAGAAUUAUCACCAAAUGUAAAGGACAUGUAUGUAAUUUUGUAUGGGUUGUACCCCGUGCCUAUAAAUAGGUGAACAGUACCCCCGUACUGUUCACGUGAACUUGGCAUUUGCUUUUGCGUCACACUUGUAUUUUCAUCUCCUUCCAAGCCGAAGGUACAUUUAUAAUUCGAUAUUGUCUCUAUUUCUCUA